UUUUUACGCAACACAACAGGCAAACUGCUUCCCGGACAGAGGCCAAUCUGCACGGAGCUGAAGAUUAUGAACUCCACCAAUGUUGGUAAAAACGUCAACAUGCAGAGGAUAUGGCCUCAGUGUCCUCCAUGGCAGCCAGAAUGACGAGCCUCCAGCUGAGUGCGAAGGAGGAGAUGGUGGAGAAGUUUCUGGAUGCUGCAGCCAGAGGAGACCUGGCCCAGGUGUCCACGCUGUUGUCCCAUGUCCCCUCGCUCAUCAACCAGACAGGAAAUAGCGGCUGGACGGCGCUGAUGCUCGCUGCUCGCAACGGACACUACUAUGUGGUGGAGGCCCUGCUGUCCCAUGGCUGUGACAAGUUCUCAGUGAACAGUUCGUCCCAGACCGCUUACGAUAUCGCCAAGUUCUGGGGCCACCGGCACAUCUCCGACCUGCUGGGACGGACAGACGACAGUUGCCAGCGAGUCCUGCCGGGCUCUGAUCUCAACCAGCAGGAGAACUACUUCAGCAGAGAGACGCUAGACCGGCUGAGUGGGAAGAGGACGGACAAGGUUUGGUUGGAGGAAAAACAGAGCGACCCAAAUACAGUCUACCUCCUGUUCUCCAACCUCAACCCCAUGGUCAACAGCUCUCAGGAGGAUGACGAUGCAAAGGUUGAGACUAAGCUGUGUCGGUUCAGAUAUGAGGCAGUUAAAGACCUUCUCCAGAAACCUGCGACUGUGCUCAUUUUCCUUGGAGUGGAGAAGAGGAAAAAACCCUCCUCUUCCAACUCCUCUCAGACAGUGGAGGGUGUCCUGGAGCCUCCUGCCUGGUUUGCCAUAGGCACAGAUGAAGACGCUGCUGAACUUUUUAAACGCUGCAGAGAAAAGAACUGCUCCUUCCCAAAGAUGCCCAACAGAGACCUGCUGAAAUUCAGUGAGGAAGAGGCCGGAAUUGUGGCUCAGGCUCGAUCGGUGUUGUCCUGGCACGCCCGUCACAGCUUCUGUCCAACAUGUGGUAGCAGCACCAAACUGGAGGAGGGAGGAUACAAGAGGAGCUGCCUGAACUCCGACUGCCGGAGCCUGAAGGGGGUUCACAACACCUGUUAUCCACGAGUUGACCCAGUGGUCAUCAUGCUGGUGAUCCACCCUGAUGGAAACCAGUGUUUAUUGGGAAGGAAGAAGAUCUUCCCAGUCGGCAUGUUCUCUUGUCUGGCUGGAUUCAUAGAGCCUGGGGAGACGAUCGAGGAGGCGGUGAGGAGGGAGGUGGAGGAGGAGAGUGGUGUGAAGGUCGGACCGGUCCAAUAUGUCUCCUGCCAGCCCUGGCCGAUGCCCUCCAACCUCAUGAUUGGCUGCCUUGCUGUCGCCAUAUCGACCGACAUCAAAGUGGAUGAGAAUGAGAUCGAGGAAGCCCGGUGGUUCCCACGGCAACAGGCAAUUGAGUCCUUGCUCAGAGGAGCCUCUCCGGCCUUCACCGUCCCUCCCAGACAGACCAUCGCCCACCAGCUGAUCAGACACUGGGUCAGCAUGACCUCUAAUCUCUAACACUUGACCUCCCAGCCAGCUUAGGCAGACAGUAUGGAGGUCUGCCUAAAAAAAAAAAAAUAGCAGCAGCUGUCUGAACUGUUACUGCUUUAUUACAACAAACUAGCUGCCAGUCAAGGGAAUCACCAGAUUCUUCAGGUUGUAUCCAAAUCAUUUCAGUGCAGUGCUUGUGUCAGUUCAGAUCUCAGGUUUAAUUUUACACUUGGGAACUUGCUGUGUGACGAUGGAUCUAAUAACAGACAAGUAAAGGUUAGGAAGAAAUGGAGAAAGUACAUACUGUUAGAGACCAGACAAAUGCAGAAAGCUUAAUAUCUGCAAGCUGUAUUUACAUCACUCAGCUAUUAACAGAAACAGUUCUAUGAGCCAAGUGGACCGUGGCUACAUUUCCAGAGUUCAGAUAAAUUAUAACACCACAGACAUUUAAAGAAUAAACCUUCUAUUAUACAGUAACAAAAGAAACUAUUUUGAUGUUGAAGCAUGAUGACAUUUUUACAAUUAGACAAACUUUUUCAGGAAAGAGUUUCAGGCAUCAGCUUUGUCGGAUGGAUUUCUUUCUCAAAUCAAAUGUCAGCCAUCUGUAUUUAUGAAGUAUAGUCUAAUACAGUACACUUAGCUAAGAAGAUUCAUUAAUUGAUUAUAAGAGCAAAACAGAUUUUCUGCUAAUCUAUGCGGUAAUGGAUUAAAUUUUAUUUAUAUGGUGCCAAUUCAUAACAGAAGUUAUCUCACUGCAGUUAUCAUGUAGAGCAGUUCUAGACCGUACUCUUUGAGAGGGUUGACAGGAUGAUGCCUGUACAAUUUCACUACACCAAAGUCAAAACAGCAAAAUGGCUGAUCAUUGACGCUGAUGUACAACCUUUCCAUAAACUGAAAUGAACAGGAAAUAUUAAAUUGCUUAAUAUAAGUA